AUGGCUCUCUGGAAGCCCGGGCCUCGCGCUGCCGAGUCUUUUACGCUCCGGAUUUUGCCCCUCGGAGCCUCGAUCACCGAGGGCUAUCUGUCUAGUGACGGCACUGGAUAUCGAAAGCUCCUCCGUGCUCAGCUACGACAUGCUGGCUGGAAGGUCAACAUGGUCGGCAGCAUGGCACAUGGGCAUAUGAGUGAUAAGAACCACGAAGGCCACCGUGGCUACAUAAUUGACGAAGUAGCCAACGAGGCCAGGAAAAGCGUGGGAUCAAGGCCAAACGUCAUCUUGAUCAAUGCGGGUACGAAUGAUGCCACUCGCAACAUUAAUAUCGAUACUGCGGAGCAGCGGAUGGACGCCCUACUAGAUUACCUAUAUUCAUCCAUCCCCGGCACAACAAUCAUCCUAUCGAGUCUGCUCCCCAACACAGGAGCACCAGCUCGUGUGAGCCGAAUCAACCACCAGUACUACAAGAUAUACAUCCGCCGCCGAGAUGCAGGCCAGAAGAUUGUCCUCGCGGACAUGGCAAACACCCUGCAGGUUACCGAUCUACAAGACGAUACCCACCCCACUGACGCCGGGUACCGCAAGAUGGCCACAGUCUGGUGGAAUGCCAUCCAGACGGCACACGAGCGCGGGUUUCUCUCCGCUCCGGACGACCCAGAGAUUGAUGAGAAGGCGGCCUCGAACUGUGAGAAGGAGUAUGGGAGCGGACAGGACCACUAUGCGCAGACGCAAAGGGGCAGUGGCGCGGACGACGGCGAGUAUCAGCACUCGGCAGAGAAUAUGGGACGCAUACUAAAGAUCACGACCGUCGGGGAUAUCCAUGGGGAACUGAACUUUGCACAGCUGGUGAAUGUCUGGAAUGCGCCGCGGGAGGGGGCUCUGGAUGACCUCGUCUGGUCGCGAGAGGGCCUUGGGACAUUCAUGUUCGCGAACAAGAACGAUGGUAACUUUGACAGCCUUAUUGAGAUUGAUGUCAAGGACGGCUGCAAGCCCCAAGGUGUUCGCUGGGGCGACGUGAAUGGCAAUGGCUUGGAUGAUUUCAUCUGCAUCGGGCCCGAGGGCGCUAUGUACGUGUCAAUCAACCGCGGCUCGAUUGAUGGAAUUCCAAUGUUCGAAUAUAUUGGUCUCGUACGGGCUGCCCCCGGGGGUGACAUGGCGCAGAUCAACGUUAAACUGGGCGAUAUCGACGAUGAUGGUCGCAUUGACUAUUGCUUGAUUGCCGGAAAUGGAGACAUACGCUGCUGGCGUAACGGUGGCCAGGGCGAGGCCCCGACUUCUGAGUAUGGCGGCUACUGGCAGGACCUGGGUGUUGUAUUCACGGGUAAGGGUAUGGGUGAUAUCACUGGGGUUAGGUUCGUGGAUAUUAAUGGGGACUUUCGGAGCGAUUGGCUAUGGCUUGAUAAUACUGGAAAGGUGACCACCUAUAUUAAUAACCGGGGCACGGGUAAAGGCACUCUUAUCCCAGAUUGGGUCUCUGUUGGUACAACUCAUGCAGGAAUUGGUGUGGAAGGUGCCAAAGCUCGCAUUAAGUUCGGAAAUAUCUAUCCGGGCAACCGCAAUGGGGCAGACUAUGUCUACAUCGAGUCAGACCAGCGGGGACCCAGCACGGGAGGGGCGCCGGUCUACGACCACCACCUCCAUGUCUGGAGAAACACUGGUAGUGGAGGCACGCAGCUUAAGGGCGACGGGGUCUUCUACUGCGACAUGCGGGGCACAGGGGCAGAUGACUAUGUGUGGGUUUCUUCCGCGGGCGAGGGAUAUCUGUACGGUAAUAUCCACAGCCCCCCAAGGUGGGAUCCUGAGGGACCCAAGAUUUUCGAAGCAGGAGUGGACCGAAAGGCGAUACGUCUCGCAGAUUUUGACGGGGAUGGGAAGUGCGACUUGUGGCUGGUUGACCGCAUGACUGGUGCUGCAGAAGUAUGGAUUAACAAGUGGGAUACAGGAUCAGGCCGCAUGUCCUGGGACAAACGCGGCGUGGUCACUGGAAAUGCAAGGUGUACUGAGGGCUGGGGUGUCGGUCUGUACGAUUUGGGUCUUCGGUUCCACGACAUUAAUGGUGAUGGGCGUGCAGAUUAUCUCUGCAUGGAGCCGAACGGCCGCACAACAGGAGCUCUGAAUCUUGGAGAGAAUAACUUCAAGGAUAUGGGCCAGGUUAAGCGCUCGGAAGGGUAUGAUCGGGCUACGCUUACCAGAUCAUCGGUGGGCGGAUGUAAACGGCAAGUCACUCACUGGGUUUCGCCCGUCGUACCGUCUGAUGAUUCUGUAGGCGACAAGCUUGUUGACUUUUUGUGGGUCGAUAAGUUCAAUGGCGACACCUGGGUUUGGAGGAACGAGGGUCAAAUGCCAGAAGGCGAGCUAGUCAGUGGCUCGACAUUUCGAUGGACAAAGCUAGAGGGCCCUCGGUAUCAGGGUGCUGACCGUGGGGCCAACAUGCACUUCCCCAAUCUCGGUGGGCUGGGCCGGGCCGACUUCCACCAAGUGAUUCCGCGUACAAACGUGGCCUACACCUGGUUCAAUGUUUGCCCUGGAGGCGGCACAGGCCCAGCGCAGGACGACCAAGACCCGUCAGUGGAUCCCCAGUUGCCCACGGAUCUCGCGCCGCGGCGAUGGCCGACCCCUCAUAACUAUAUCUCCUUCGGCGAUUCGUACUCCGCUGGCAUUGGAGCCAACUGUGGGUGGAUCUAUGACAAAUUCGACCAGUCCGGUUCGUGUCGUCGUUGCGAGGGUUCCUACCCAUGGCAGCUUCUCACCGCCGGCCUAGAACUGCAGGGCGUGGAGUUGAACUUUGUGUCCUGUUCGGGCGCCGAGACUGUUGACCUGUACGAGCCUCGCGAGAGACGCGCUCAACUUCUCUGGAUCUAUGAGGACCAUUAUUAUAUCCAGAGUGGCUGGGGCACCUUGUCAAUUGGCGGGAACGACCUGGGCUUCUCCACCAUCGCAACCUGGUGCCUGUUCGUGUACGUCUCAAAUUCCUGGUGCCAGGACGCGAUCCGGAACGCGGAGACAAAGCUUGAGUCGCCAGAGUUUCACGACACCCUGAAAAGGGUCUACCAGGAUAUUCUCCUGGAUGCCAUGGGCGAAAGGGAGUGGAACGGUCAGAAAGGGUUCCUCCUUAUGGUCACCGGUUACAUGCAAUUCUUCUACGACAAAGACGACGGCUGUGACCAUACCUACUUCCUAACCGGCACCUAUCUAACCCAGGCCCUCCGGCAACGCUUGAACGCCAUGGUCAUCAAACUGAACGAGGUUAUCCAAAGCGCCAUCCGCGCCGCGAAUGACUGGGGAGGAGGCCCCUACAACAUUGUCUAUUUCGACGGAGACCGCUUAUUCGAGGGCCAUCGCUUCUGUGAGCCUGGCCGGGAUUACCGUGACAGCUGGUUUCUGCUCCCCAACCGCGAGGAUUAG